CCAUGGGAUUAAAAACAAACAUUUACAUUACGCUGCUGCGCUUCUUCGCCCCUCAGAUUCUUCACCUCCCAAAGACCCCAAUCACAGAUCCAACACAAUGCCUUCCCAAAUCAGGGUUCCGAUCAUCGGCGUCUGUUAUCCUCUCCCGCCUUCCCGAAUUUAAGAUCAGCGCCGCGAAUUUCUAGAAACUUUCCUUUCCUCGAUUAGGUUCUCCAGUGACGCCGUAUUAUCUCAUCAGUUGACCUUCCCCUUUCAUCGCCAGAUCGUUCCGUGUUCCGAGCUAGGCCUCGUUAUCAGGGGAUGUUUGGUUCUACAGUGGAUACAAGCCGUGGGAACAGCGCUGCCUCAGGGCAGCAGCAGCUUCUUACUCCGACUCGCUUUGUGUGGCCUUAUGGAGGUAGAAGGGUCUUCCUUAGCGGAUCUUUCACCAGGUGGACAGAACAUGUGCCAAUGUCUCCACUUGAGGGCUGCCCUACUGUUUUUCAAGUCAUUUGCAACUUGACUCCUGGAUAUCAUCAGUAUAAGUUUUAUGUUGAUGGGGAAUGGCGGCACGAUGAGCAUCAACCAUUUGUAAACGCUAAUGGUGGAGUGAUGAAUACGAUAUUUAUAACUGGACCAGAUAUGGCUCCCGCUGCUUUUAGCCCAUCGAAUAUGGAUGUGGAUGAUUUCUCCCAGAGAGUGGCUGAUCCUUCCCAGGAUUCUAUACCUAGGAUGUCAGCGGUUGAUUUGGAUAUGUCCCGUCACCGUAUAUCUGCUUUGUUGUCAAACCGCACUGCAUACGAGCUGCUCCCUGAAUCGGGCAAGGUUAUUGCAUUGGAUGUGAAUUUACCAGUAAAGCAAGCAUUCCAUAUACUCUAUGAGCAGGGAAUCCCUUUGGCUCCUCUGUGGGACUUUGGUAAAGGCCAAUUUGUUGGAGUUCUUGGUCCAUUGGACUUCAUUCUAAUACUGAGAGAGCUUGGAACGCAUGGAUCCAACUUGACAGAAGAAGAGCUUGAGACGCACACAGUAGCAGCCUGGAAAGAGGGGAAGGCUCAUAUUAGCAGACAAUAUGAUGGAAUUGGGAGACCGUAUCCUAGGCCACUUGUUCAGGUUGGGCCCUAUGAUAAUCUGAAAGACGUUGCCCUGAAAAUUUUGCAAAAUAAGGUGGCAGCCGUUCCAGUUAUUUAUUCUUCUCUGCAGGAUGGGUCAUAUCCGCAGUUACUGCAUCUUGCUUCGCUAUCAGGCAUAUUAAAAUGUAUAUGCAGAUACUUUAGACAUUCGUCUAGCUCUUUGCCAAUCCUUCAGCAGCCCAUUUGUUCAAUUCCCCUGGGUACUUGGGUUCCUAGAAUCGGAGAAUCAAGUAGCAAACCUCUCGCCACAUUGAGACCACACGCUUCUUUGGGUUCUGCGCUCUCGUUAUUAGUUCAAGCUGGAGUUAGUUCAAUUCCUGUAGUGGAUGACAAUGACUCGCUUAUUGACAUAUACUCUCGAAGUGACAUAACUGCCCUGGCUAAAGAUAAGGCAUACGCACAGAUUCAUCUUGAUGACAUGACGGUUCACCAGGCGCUGCAGUUGGGGCAGGAUGCGAGUCCGCCUUACGGAAUCUUCAACGGGCAGAGAUGUCACAUGUGCUUGCGCUCAGACUCUCUUGGUAAAGUGAUCGAGCGGUUAGCGAAUCCAGGGGUAAGGAGGCUGGUGAUAGUGGAAGCAGGGAGCAAACGUGUUGAAGGUAUCAUAUCUUUGAGUGAUGUUUUUCGAUUCCUGCUCGGUCUUUGACUUCCUACAACGACAAACCUGUGCUACCUCCGAACUCGCUUUUCUCAUUUCCUCGAAGCAAACUAUCCAACAAUUUGCUUAUUUUUCUUUUAUUGUUGUGCUUUUUUUUUGGCAAGGAAUCAUGUAAAUUUUCUACGAACUUGUUUCAUUGUUAUUUUUAUUAUUUUUAGUUGAACGGGUUUCCCAUUCUUGUGAAGGAUAUUAUUGGCUAUCGAAAUUAUUACUUAGUAGUACA